GACUGGACACAGUGCUGAGGCCCUGGCCUUCCUCCCCAGCUGGGCUCUCUGGAGUUUUCCGAUGGACUGUGCCUACGGUCCCGUUCCUCCUUGUGUCUUCGUGAGGGACGAUGACCGGCUGCCCAGAACGGCCCCGCUUUUAGCACGGACAGUCCUGUGUUCCAGGAAAUGCCUUGGCACCUGGACAAUUGGUCACCCCACCUCUAACAGCAGCCCAGCUUGUCUGAAUGGCCUUUAGGGAAAUGCAGCGCCCUGGGCCCAGGAAGACAUGGCAAGCUCUGGGCCGAGAGUCUGGGCCGCGCUUGCUGAAGGCUUGCUCCCCCCCUCCCACAGGCUUCGUCCCCUACCUGAGCUGCGAGGGCACCUCCAGCGAGGACCACAUGUCCCGCUGCCUGCAGGCCUUCCGGGAGAAAACACAGCGCUACAAGGACCAGCAGAAGGAAUUCUGCCACGCGGUGGCCAUUGCCCCCAAACUGAAGCCCAUCUGCCGGGAGGAGACGGUCCUGCGGGCGCUGCACCAGUACUACCAGGAGCACCACCCCCUGCUUCUGGGUACUGGCUCCCCGAAGGCAGCCCCCUUCACCCCUGGGGCCCAACUGCAGGGCCUGGCAGGCCCACGGAGCUGCCUCCGAGCGCUCCAAAUGCAGCGCAGCCCAAAGCCCCAGGCGGCAGUGAAAAUGGCAAGGCCCAGAUUCUUAAAAUGAGAAACACCCAUUUCCGGGGGAGACAGGUGCAGGUCUGGGGACAGGGUGCUGGGCACCAGGAGCCCCUGAGUG